AUGAGUGGUAAUGCAACGCGCGAAGGAACGACCAAAUUGCAAGAUAUUGCCUUUGUAGCAAUUGCAAAUGCCUCCGGUCGACCGGAAAAUUAUACCCAAGUGUACAACUAUGGCGGACAAGCAGACAUCACCGAAUGCACAAUCAGCUGGUGUGCAAAGUUCUACAGCAAUUUGAAAUUGAUGAAUGGUAUUAUGGAUUCGUAUACGAUGGAAGAAAAAGGCUUCUCCUCGGAAGAAUAUCAUGAGUCCUACCCUGACAAUGCAGAGGACCCCCUCGAGCAAUGCUACGACGGUUACGGAAACGUUACGUUUGGUGCAACACGCGAAGAAGAGUCUUACUCGUUUGAUGUCGGGUGCGGCAAGGCCUCCGGUGUUGCAAAAUACUUCUUGGACCUCUUCAAAUUCCAGGUCAGUUCUGAUGAGACAGCUUUCGCCUCUGGGCAGCUUCUCAUGAACAGUGAGAGCAUCCCUGCGACCAUGGAUGCUAUCACAGAGGCCUUUUCCAUAUACUUGAUGGCAUCAGCCCUAAACACAACGCGUCAUUACGGAGAAGCCUUCUAUCCGGAGGUUUUUGUCGUAAUCUACUGGCAAUGGCUCUUGUUCCCCGCCUUUCUCACCAUUCUUGGAGCCUGCUUCCUGGGCACCAGCCUCUGGAAAAGCUGGAAGCAUCGAGAGUCUUUCCUCUGGAAAGACAGUCUGGUUGCACUUCUUUUCCACGGCCUUAGUAAACGGGGAAACAAUGACGAGGAACCAAUUGAAAAGACGGAGAUGGAUGAACAAGCAGGGCUCAUUACGGCGAAGCCGAAAAUUGAUAGAGAUGAAGUGUACCCGAAUGACAAGAUGAAGAUGGAUGAACGGGCAGAGGCCAUAAAGGCGAAGCUUAAAAUGGAUGACGAUAGAAGCCUGAAGUUCAUCAGAGCAUAA